AUGGAGAAAAAUGGAAACCCACCGCCGUAUGGCUGGAGUAAUGGAUACAUGCAGGCCCCACCAGCUGCACCGCCAAGUUAUUCGCAGGCUGUGGGUGGCGUCGGUCCAUCGAGUCCAUACACUCCCCAUUAUCAACCCACCACUGGACCACAGAUUGUGACAACGGUUGUGCCACUGGGACCACAGGCUACCCACAUGAUAUGUCCCAGCUGUCAUGGAGAAAUGAAUACUGCAACACAAACAAAGCCAGGGCUCAUUGCAUAUAUAGCAGGGUCUAUCCUGUGUAUUCUUGGAUUAUUCUGCGGCUGCUGUCUAAUACCCUGCUGUAUAGACAGUUGUAUGGACGUGCACCACAAGUGUCCCAACUGUGGAGCAUACCUGGGACGAUACAGACGAUAA